UAGACGCAAGUGCUUCUCUCUGUCUUUCUGCUGACUGCAGCUCAGAGGAGGACUGGAAACUGAAAGUUGUUGGCACAACUUCAUGCGUGAUUUUUUGAAGCGGAUUCCUUACUUGGAGAUCUUGGACUGAAAGCUGCUCACUGAAUAUGCGUCGUCACAUCUGGCGUUCACGCUUUUAUUUCCACAGAAUCCGUUUUUAAGCUCAUAUUAAAGGAAAGCGAGACACAAAAAGUGUGUAAAUGUGAAUAUUUAUCAGUUUCUCCUUUUUUUGUUAAAGUAUUAUUGUGUUGCCUCCUCGUCACCUCCACUUUCUCCUGAGGGGCCUUAUUCAUUAGUGAGCACAAUCUACUUCAUCAGGUUACACGCGCGGAGCUACGUGACUCCACUCAUUCUCCGCGCUACUAAACCGGGAGCAGAUGACUUGGAAAAUCCCUGGCAGCGAGUUUUUUUUCUGUUUGCUUCUGUUUCUGAGUAUUUUGGGACUUUUGUUGGAUUUUUUUUCCGCCACUAUCUCCAUCGGGAGCCAUCGCCACUCUCCACGCACAGACGUCACGAAAUGUUACUGGGUUUUGUCAUCGGGACUGUGGUGGCGCUUUAUCUGCAGUUCUCACCUGCACAGAGUCUUCCCUUGGCAAGUAUAAACAGUACAAUGGAAGUGCUUGUGUUUGAAAAAGUUUGGGGUCGCAGCUUUUGCCGCACCAUUGAGAAGCUGGUGGAGGUGGUGCAGGAAUACCCAUCGGAGGUGGAGCACAUCUACAGCCCCUCCUGCGUUCCCCUGGUGAGGUGCGCUGGCUGUUGCGGAGAUGAGAACCUGGAGUGUCAUCCCACUCAAACCACAAACGUUACCAUGCAGCUUUUGAAAAUCAGGCCAUCAGAACAAGGUCAAGAAUAUGUUGAGAUGACGUUUGUGGAGCAUCAAACAUGUGAAUGUAGAAUCAGGAAACCUGUUGUGAAGGUUCCAAAGAAAAGGCGAAGAGGAAGGAAGAGGAAGGAGAGACAAAAAAAGAAGGAAUGUGACAGGUGCCAGAUUCCUCGCAGGUAACUGCAGUGGCGACCCAACCCCCUGUUGCAGUGUGGCUCACUAUUUGUUUCCAGCCCAGUGGGAGCAUCAAAAGUCUCCUUCACUCAUCUAUCAAUACUGUGUCUGCAGCAAGAGACUCAAACAGCUGGGUUGAUUUGCUGACAUGCCCUUAUGCUGAUGGGCAGGGUGUUUUUGUAACGACAAGGUUUAACAGGAAGUGCGUUUUGACUGGUGGAAACACUGCUGUUACAAGCCUGAAACAAUGGACAUCCCUGGGAGCCAGUGCAAUGUAGAACCAAACAGACUGAUGUCUUCUUUUUAUGCUAGGUAUUACUGUAUCGGUUAUUAUUUGUCAAAUCCUUUGGUAUUUAAAAGAAGGUUACACAGGUAAAAAAGAAGAAAAGUCUAUAUUUAUUAAUAUAGUUGGACCAGAGAACACCUUGUGGACUUGAUGUGCAACUUCUUUGUACAUGCGAUAAGGAAAUGUCUCCCUCUAGUGUUUAUGGAAAGUGUUUUUAAACCUCUAUAUUAAAGUAUUUUGCAAUCAGA